AGAGCCGGUGCCAAAGGAGGUCCAGGGGCUGGGGUCGCGGAACCUGACUCGGGAACCUGGCUGGAGAUGGAAUUCGACUGCGAGGGUCUGAGACGGCUGCUUUGCAAGUACAAGUUCAGGGAUCUAACUGUGGAAGAACUAAAGAAUGUCAAUAUGUUUUUCCCACAUUUCAGAUAUUCCAUGGACACCUAUGUUUUCAAAGAUGAUUCACAGAAAGACUUGCUGAAUUUCACUGGUACUAUUCCUGUCAUGUAUCAGGGUAAUACAUAUAACAUACCAAUUCGUUUGUGGAUUUUGGAUUCUCACCCUUUUGCUCCCCCCAUUUGCUUCUUAAAGCCAACUGCAAAUAUGGAAAUCUCAGUUGGAAAACAUGUGGAUGCUCAAGGCAGAAUAUACUUGCCCUACCUCCAAAACUGGAGCCAUCCUAAAUCUGUCAUUGUAGGAUUAAUUAAAGAAAUGAUUGCCAAAUUUCAAGAGGAACUUCCCCUGUAUUCUCUCUCACAAUCUGAUGCGGCACGGCAAGUGGAUUUGCUAGCCUAUAUUGCAAAAAUCACUGAAGGUGUCUCAGACAUAAAUUCAAAGAACUGGGCAAAUCAUGAGAACAAAACAGUAAAUAAAAUUACUGUGGUUGGAGGUGGAGAACUAGGGAUUGCGUGCACAUUAGCAAUUUCAGCAAAGGGCCUUGCAGACAGACUUGUCCUCUUAGACCUCUCAGAAGGGACUAAAGGAGGGAUGAUGGAUCUUAAUAUCUUCAACCUGCCUAAUGUGGAGAUCAGCAAAGAUCUGUCUGCCUCUGCUCAUUCCAAGGUGGUCAUCUUCACAGUUAACUCUUUGGGUAGUUCUCAGUCCUACCUUGAAGUGGUGCAGAGAAACGUGGAUAUGUUCAGAUCCCUUGUGCCAGCUCUGGGACAUUAUAGUCACAACGGUGUCCUGCUUAUUGCAUCUCAACCAGUGGAAAUCAUGACCUAUGUGACAUGGAAACUGAGUGCAUUUCCUGCAAAUAGAGUGAUUGGAAUCGGAUGCAAUCUGGAUUCACAGAGAUUACAAUAUAUUAUUACAAAUGUUUUGAAAGCACAAACUUCAGGAAAACAAGUAUGGGUUAUUGGUGAGCAGGGAGAAGACAAAGUGACCAGAUGGGGUGGCCAAGAAGAAGUAAUGAAUCAUAACUCUCAGGUGCAGCUGACCAGCAGAGCCAUGGAAUUAUUAAGGGGAAAAGGUCAAAGAUCCUGGUCUGUUGGACUGUCAGUAGCUGACAUGGUUGACAGUCUUGUAAAUGAUAAAAAGAAAGUGCAUUCUGUUUCAAUUUUAGCAAAGGGAUAUUAUGAUAUAAAUAGUGAAGUGUUUUUAAGUUUGCCUUGCAUCCUCGGAACCAAUGGGGUAUCUGAAGUCAUCAAAAGCACAGUGAAAGAAGACAGAGUGACUGAGAAGCUCCAAAGCAGCGCAUCAUCGCUCCAUGCUCUCCAACAACAGUUAAAACUUUGAGUCUCAACUUCAGAGUUGUCUGAAAGGAAAGGUUAUUUAAUUUUGCCAACACAUAUAGGAUUGAGAAAUUCUGUAUCUUAUUACUUAUCCUUAUCAACUGCUUGGUCAAGGUAGAUAGUUUAUUGGUUAGUUUUGUAAUUUUAAUUCUUAGAGAGUUAGAUAAGGAGAGGGAAAAAUCCAAUUUUCUUGUUCUAGGGAUCUAUAUGGUUCUUUAAACCUGUAGCAGAGGUAAACACUACCUGUAAUAUGCACAACAUAAAAAACUAUGUAUCCUCAACUAAGAGCACAUUCAGCACUUCGGAAAUAUUUUGAAAGUAAUACAUUUUUAGAAGAAAAUUAUUCUUUGACAGUUACAGUAAACAUGAUGAGCUGAAAAGCCCAGUAUGGAUUUAUGAAAUCUGUCCUAGGUAUACAUUCAAAGGAUCCACAAUUUAAGGUAUGGUUCCUUCUUUACAAUACAGUUGGUAGUAAUGGUAAUAAAGCAUUUGGUUUUCCCUCUUCAAUAAAUGAGCUACCAAAAUAUGGAAAAGAAUUUUACAUAUACUUUAAAAUAGUAAAGGGGAAAAUUAAAUUUUCUUAAUAUAUGAAGACAAGGUAUAGUUUAACUUCCAGGGGGACUGUCCCUUUUGAAAUUUUCUAUCCUCUCUUUCUGGGCAAUAUCAGAUCUCUAACAUCUCAUAAACUCACUGUAACAUUAGUAGAAUCAUAGAGAAAUGCGUAUUUUCAGUGAAAACAGAUUGUGAAUGAAAGCCAAGCAGUUUACUUUAACCCUAAAAUACGAGGGGGAGAGGUUGGAUGGACUGAUUAUUCUGAGCAGAUCCUUGAACGACUUCUAAAGAAAUGAUCAGAGUACAUCCACUUUGAUGGUGCGUCAAUAACAGUAUCUUCAUAUGUGACAGAUAGCAUAUUAUUACUAAGGUGGCAUGCAACUAAUAGUAACAACUAACAUCAAGACUUCAUAUAUUUCAGGCAGUGUGAUGAGCACAUUAUUAUUUUAUUGAAUCCCCAACAAUAACCCAUCGAGGUAGGGACUAUUAUCAUCGUGUUAUAGAGGAAGAAAUUGAGUUUCAGUGACCAAGAGCUCAUGGUUAAAGGGCACUUAUCCAUAUAACUCCUACUUUUUCUAAGUACUAGAAGAGGGUAAAGGCCUAAUAGCCAAAAUAGUCACCACCAGACCCUAAAGCUGGGGUUCUGUACUGCCCCCUUGUCAUGUAGGAGAGGACUCUUUUUCCAACAUAGUUUUUAGAAAGAUUAAUUCCCGGACUUCCCAGGCUUGCCCUCAGCAAAUAGCAGAGAGGGGUAUCCACUGAGGUAUGUGUUUAUUUGGUCAUUCAGGUAGUAUUGACAGGGAGCCUACUGUACACCAGGUACUGCAUUUUUAGCUACUGCAGAUACAGUGAUGAGCAAACUUGGACUAGGUACAAGCCCUUAUGUUUCUUAUAAUUUAGUAUGGGAGACAUAAUAAUCAAAUGUCACAAAUACCUGUACAAUUGAAAAUGUAAUAAGUACUAUGAAGAAGUCCAGGCAUUUUGAAAGCAUAUCAUAAGUGAAUCCAUACCUGGGCACAGAGAUAGGAGCCCAGUGGUUUACAAGGGCAGACACACCCUCGUUAGAGAGGAAAUGGUCACACUAAUGUUGAUUUAGUAUAACAGGUACUUAUAAUGAUAAGUUUAAAUCAUUAUGGAAAGGUGAAAUUAUAUUGUGUUUUAUGUUUAAGAAGGUAGGAAAGUAUUUCAUAUGCUUGGAAGGAUUCCCACCAGAAUUAAGUAGUAUAAAAACCUUAGACAUUUGAAGAGAUGAGCAUUAGCUCUGUGUAAGCUCACUCAAGGGAUAGAUUAUUUUGCUGUUACUCCAAAAAUGUAUCUUCAUUGCCUAUUUGCAUGAGAUAGGAAAGUAAAACUGAAAGAACAAAUCUUGUGUUUUUUAGAAACACAACUAGCCUUUUUUAAUAUCAGAUAUCUAAUGAGAAAUUAGAUAAUUUCUAAUAACUACUAUGCUCUUAAUAACCCAACUAUAAGAUAUUAUAUUAUAAAUGAAUUGCCAAUAAUUCACUACAUUAAUUAUAAAAGAAACAUGUCAAUAUAACAUUCUUAUUGAACGUCUGUUGUUCGAAGUACUGUUAGAAUAUGAGGAUUCAAUGGUAAGAGCUCUUGCCCUAGAAGCCCACAAUAUAGAAGUAAUUCUAUCAGAUAGCUCCUUGUAUCAGGUAGUUCCUUGAGUGUUGAAUAUUACCAGCCAUGUUGUACAUAUUCCAUAUACAAGUCAAGAAGCAGUACUGCC